AAAUUUUGGUUCUUCAACCUUGAGAUAUUUCAGUUUCUGUAUCAAUAGUAUAUGAAAUCUUAGGUCCUGGAUUUAAACCAAGUUUAAUCUUUAAAACAGACUUUAAUAAAACAGGAAAAAAAUAAUAAGGCAUUUACCGGGUCAACUAAAAUCUGAAUUCAUAAUGGAACAAACAAAACCCAUAACACAAAUUUGGAUUUUCUUGCUAUCGGCUAAGCUAUCACAAAAAAGAAGAAACAAGAAAUGGAAUCAAGGUAUCUGCAGGCUGAAGCCUAAGAAAAAGACAACUAUUUUUUAUAUUUCUUGUUCUUUGCCGAAGUGCUUACUUGUAAAGGCCAUUUUGCUCCGUCCAAGGUGUGUAACAACAGCAUUUCAAUGAAAGUUACAAUUGGAAAAUUGCCUAAAGUGACUUCUUCCUAACCGAUGAAUAGAACCAACACACCAAGCUCCAUUUAAGCAGUUUGAUUCCAUUAGAUGAUUCCCAAUACAAUGCACAGAUGACAUCCAAAUCAGUAAAAUCGUUUGUCAAUUUUGCAUCAGAAUUCAAGCUGGAACAUAGUAAAAUACAAAAUCUGUAUGGCCAUAUAUCACUCUCACUUUAUAUACAAAUUGUUUUUUUCCGAUGCACAAAUUAGCAUAUAAGAAGACCCAAAAGGUGUGACCGCUCCACAUGUUGAUAUUAGCUUCAAGGUGUUUAAAUGGAUAGUUCACCUUCCAUUACUGUUGCAGCUUCCCCUAAACAAGAAUUGCCUAGUGCACUUUCUAUCAUGGAAGAAGGAAAAUUUGCUAAAGCUAAUGAUAUUCCUUCAAAAAACUUCCGAAAGGAGUUGCCAAAACAGGUUGUUGCAGAGCUGAUAGGUACAUACGUUCUGAUAUUUAUGGGUUGCGGGGGUGCGCUUGUGAGCCAAGUACAACCGCUUAAAAUGGUGGGGAUAGCAAUAGUCUGGGGCCUUGUUUUGAUGGCUCUUAUUUAUGCAGUUGGGCAUGUCUCUGGUGCUCAUUUCAAUCCUGCAGUUACCAUUUCCUUAGCUGCUGCAUGCAAAUUUCCUUGGAAACAUGUGUGACAGUUCCAUAGUAACCAUUCAACAUAGUUUUUCUUCAAUAUGUAUAUUUGUUUUAUAGCUUUGUAAUGGAAACUUCGAUAAUGUUUUUUCCCUCAAUAAAAACAGCGCCGUUUUGAAUGUUAAAAAAUGAAUGGAAUUUGAUGAAUAGGUAGGUACCAAUAUAUGUAUUAUCACAAUUGUUCGGUGCCACACUAGCAAGCAUGGCCCUGAGGGUGUUGUUUAAUGGGCAAGACAGAAUUAGUGCAACAGUGACUCAGUAUUCAGCUUCGACUACUGACCUAGAAGCCAUCAUAUGGGAAUUUAUAAUCUCUUCUACUUUGAUGUUCACCAUCUGUGGUGUUGCCACCGAUCACAGAGCGUAUGAUUAUCUAUCUAUCUUGCAGCAGUUUUACUAAUUUUAGUUAAUCAUAAUAAUGGAAUUUGAACAAGUUUCUAGGAGACUAAUGACCAUGGUUCAUCUUUAUAGGUCUUACUGGCUACCUUAAAAGCAGUUUUGUUUUCUUUUUUUUUUUUUUUUGGCUUGAUGAAGAUGCUAACUUUUUCAACCUGUUGACAAAACAGAGUGAAGACAUCUCUGGAGUGGCAGUAGGAGCUACACUUUUGGUUAAUGUUAUGGUUGCCGGGUAAUGCUCUACUGGAUGAAUUUUACAUUACCAUAGCUAGCCGGUUAUUGAACUUACAGCCAUUAAUGUGUUCAUGGUUUGCUAAAUCUUCUAUAACCUGUAAGAAUUCAUUGUUACUUAGCACACUGGAUUUUGCAGGCCUAUCACUGGUGCUUCGAUGAACCCUGCCAGGAGUUUUGGCCCGGCUGUUGCAUCAGGUAUUUAUACGAAUCUCUGGGUCUAUAUUUUAGCUCCCAUUCUUGGAGCCAUGGCUGCCACUCUGAUCUACAGUAUCCUCCGAGUACCAAAGCAAGAAAAACCAUUGGAAAGCAUGAAGAGCAUACAAAAUCAUCUGUAUUUGGAAGGUGAUCCUUAGGCUGUGGAUGGGUAAACUCCUAUAGGGGGCAUUUCAAUGAGUCGCUUAGCUAAAUCAUCCCUGGAUUAUAAGGAAAGCAAUAAAAGUUGAUAUGACUUUUGAAAGUCACUCUGAUCCUAACACAAAUAAAAAUUGUAGAAUCAUGCCUAAUGCCAAGCCCCAAUACAUUCAACAAUAUGUAAUGCAGUCGAAAGAUCUAAUCCUUUAAAUACUUGUUCUUAUCACUUUCAAGGAACCGUAUCAAAUUUACUUUCAAUCCUUUUCGUUUUUUGGUCAAUAAAUUUACUGUCAAUCUGGGGAUUAGUAAUAUCCCAAUAGAAGAGAUAUUUUGCAGAUAUGUGAUGGUAAAAGUUUUGAAAUGAUAAGAGGCAAGUCAAUUUUCGAACAUAUGACAACAGAGAAAACGUGGGUAACUCAAAUUAUGAUAGAAUAUCUGCUUAGUAUAAUGAGAAAUCACAAACCUGGGUUUAUUCUAGGACUUAAAAUACCAUUUUCUCUACUCCCCACUUAUGAGAAUAGUGUUCACUAUACAGCAGAGCUACAUAUAUGGUACAAUAAGAAAAGGAAAAUGGAUAGCCGAUGAGCUGCCUUUAUCAAUUAGGAAUAUCACAUACACAGGAGGUUAGCUGCUAUUCGGGUCAAACAGGCGAAGGAGAAAAGGU